AUGAACCAAAGGAAGUUUAGAGCAAAGAUUUUCAACAAGUUUCUUUCAAAAUUUUGCUCAUGCACAGGCUAAUUAAUUUUUGAUCGUCCUGAGUAAAAUUUUAUUUUUUAUUAGCUAAGAAUCGCCAGGAAAUUCGUGUUGGGCGAUAUAAACAAACAAUUGA